AUGUUGCACUUCCAUUCUUCAUUCUCACGAUCUUCAUGGCUUUUCAUUUUCUUGGUUGGUGUCUUCGGGCCCCUGACCACUGCAGCAGGCGUUUCUUUGGACAUCAGUAGUGCUGACUCCAUCAAAUCAGCAGCAAGCCGGAUAGCCUUCGAUCUAGUCACCUUCUACACGGGCAACAAUACCGGCGACACACCAGGGAAUCUACCGGAUCCAUACUACUGGUGGGAGGCGGGUGCCUUCUUCGGCGCUCUCGUGAACUACUGGUCUUACACCGGGGACUCGGUCUACAAUGACAUCACCAAACAAGCUAUGAUCCAUCAAGCGGGCACAAAAGGCGAUUUCAUGCCCGAGAAUCAAACCUACACGGAAGGAAAUGAUGAUCAGUGUUUUUGGGCUUUGAGCGCGAUGAUCGCCGCCGAACGAAAUUUUCCAGCCCCCGCCUCUCCAACCCCUGGCUGGCUAGCGAUGGUCCAGGCAGUUUUCAAUGAGCAGGCUCACAGAUGGGACACAUCUGCCUGUGGUGGAGGCCUGAGAUGGCAGAUCUACACCUGGAACAGUGGAUAUCUCUACCGCAACAGUAUCGCAAAUGGGUGUUUCUUUGAUAUUGCCUCUCGUUUGGCGAGAUACACGGGCAACGACACAUACGCCAAGUGGGCGACAAAGGCGUGGGACUGGACACACGUUAUUGGGCUGAUCGGAAACGAAUAUGAGGUCUUCGACGGGGUCUUCGACGGGGUCACUGAUGUUGACAAUUGCACUUCUCAUGACCAUAACAGGUGGUCGUACAAUGCAGGCGUUUGGCUACACGGUGCCUCUGUGAUGUAUAACUACACCGCAGAACACGGGUCUAGUGUAUCUUCGACCUGGCGGGAACGCACCGACUCUCUCCUCAAAGCGGCAGAUCACUUCUUUCCGAAGGAUAAUAUCAUGUUCGAGCAUAACUGUGAGGCUUCCGGGAAGUGCAAUGUCGACCAGUUGUCUUUCAAAGCGUACCUGAGCCGCUGGCUGGCUGAGGUUACACAGUAUGCGCCUUAUACAUAUGACGCUAUCAUGUCGGAAAAACUUCGACCCACGGCUGUUGCCGCCGUUGCACAGUGUCAGGGUGGUGAUACCGGUACAUUUUGCGGGCACAAGUGGAGCGUUGGGGAAUAUGAUGGCACAACAGGGGUUGGGCAGCAAAUGGGUGUUCUUGAGGUACUCCAGGGUCUUCUGGCUGCUGAUGUUGGCGGUGCCUUGACUUCUUCGACUGGUGGUGAAAGUGAAGGCAAUAGUGCUGCUGGUACAGGUGAUGAUGAGACAAAGGCCGAAUUGCCCACCAUGCAUAUUGAUAAUGGCGAUCGA